AUGAUCCGAGUUUAUAAACGAGUUGUUCAAGCAGCAGCUGAUACGGUGACAGCCAAAAUUGCCAGCACUCCCAUUCGUUUCAACGUUAAGGAGAUGCCCGCUAAGGGCCUGGCGGAAGUCCGAUAUGUUGGAGUGUGGUCAGUGAGGAAAGUGCUGAAUAAUAGAAGAAAACAUGCAAAGGACAAUUCACUUUCGUUAAACCCAGUAACGUAUAAGUCUGUAAAGGAUAGCUAAAAAAUGAGUCUUUUACAUGAAGAAUGUCCUAGAAAACUUCAGCUUGAGACCUCCACCAAGUAUCCUUCUACACUGGCUGUAACCAAAGAGAAACAGUACAGGUCUAGAGGCCUAACCCACAUCACUGACCAAGCCUACGAGUUCCACCUUGAUGCUGAAGACCAGCGGAUAACAAUAUUAAACGAGGAAAAGGUGGAAAACUUGAAAGAAACCACAACUGAAAAUGCUACUGAGGCUUUCAACAACAACCCUACUCUGUUGAGUAAGUGGUUGUCCUGCUUACCUCCAGAUGUGAUCGAUUCUAAGAAGGUAAAAUAGCAACGCUUAAAUUUCAAAUAUGCUGAUCAUUUUUUCAGUUGAAAAACGUUCCCUUUUUAUGCAUCAAUUAACAUAAAGCAUUUUUUUUUCUGUCUUUAGAAAAUCAUUCAGGACAUGUACAAACUAGUAAUGCGGCGAUACUUGAUGAUGGGGGCAGGCCAAUACCUGCGGGAUUUUAGACUGGCACAUAGGCAAGUUGACUCUUGA